GCCAGAAUCGUUCAAUCUUGAGAGCCAGAAUCGUCCAAUCUUGAGAGCCAGAAGCGGGAGGCGAUGGAAAGCUCAUCAAAUCCCCUGAUGGAACCAUUCCAGCUGGGUCCGUUCGCUCUGUCGCACAGAGUCGUCUUGGCGCCAGUCACUCGCUGCCGAGCAACGGACCACAUCCCUCAGCCUGCCAACGUCCUCUACUACUCCCAGAGAGCAUCGCCUGGGGGCCUCUUGAUCUCGGAGGCAGCAGCUGUAUCGCAGCAAGGAAUCGGGUGGCCACAUUCUCCAGGGAUCUGGUCGGACGAACAGGUUCAAGCCUGGAAGCCCGUCGUGAAAGCUGUGCAUGACAAAGGUGCCAUCUUCUUUUGCCAGCUCUGGCACGUUGGAAGAGCAUCACAUACUUGUUUCCAGCCCCGAGGCCAGUCCCCUGUCUCAUCUACAAACAAUCCACUUCCUCCCAGAUGGACAGUCCGGCUCCCAGAUGGAACACCGGUCCCAUGCUCGGCCCCCCGAGCUCUCCAAACGGACGAGAUACCGCAGCUCAUCACAGACUUCCAGCUCGCAGCACGAAACGCCCUCGCGGCCGGAUUCGAUGGCGUCGAGAUCCACGCCGCGCACGGCUACUUGCUCGACCAGUUCCUCAAAGACGGCAUCAACGACCGAGACGACUCCUACGGUGGCUCCAUCGCCAACAGAUCCAGGCUCGUCCUCGAAAUCCUGGAAGCCAUCUGCCGAGAAGCCGGUCCGCAGCGCACUGCCGUUCGAAUCUCCCCCAUCAUCGACCACCUCGGUGCCACGGACAGCGACCCGGUAGCGCUCGCCCACCACCUGGUAGCUGGUUUCGUCAAGCUCGGGGUGCUCUACCUCCACGCCACCGAGCCGGCCUUCUCGUCCUCCAAGAUGAUGACCGAGGGGAAGAGUAUCUUCGCCAGCUCCAGGGACUGGAACCGGAGCCUGGGCUUCCUGCGAGAGUCCACAUCCGGAUCGUCCAUAGCCUUCCUGUGCAGCGGAGGAUUCACGAAAGAGCUGGGCAACGCUGCCAUCCAGUCGGGGUACGCGGACUUGGUGGCUUACGGCCGCCUCUUCAUCUCCAACCCGGAUCUCCCAGCGCGAUUUGCGAGGCACGGGGACGUCCAACUCAAUCCUUACAACCGCGCCACCUUCUACACGCACCACCCUGUGCUCGGUUACAUCGAUUAUCCCUGCAUGGACUCCCGCGACGAAGAAGAAGAAGAAGAUCGAAAGAAACACCCCAGCAAACUUUAGCCAAGAGAGAUGAUCCAAAAGAGUGAACGUACACUCUGAAAGUUUCUGGAAGAAGGGUCGGAAUGUGUAUGUAUCUGGAUGUGAGCCUGUCAUGCUACGCCAACGAGCUCGCGCAUGCCGUGCUCGAGAAAGGUGGUCUUGGCCUAGCAUACAAGUCUCUCUGGAUCCAUCCUAACUACAAGUUUAUCACGCGGGA